AAAAACUGCGAAAAAGUCGCGAUGCUGGGUGCGAAUUUGCCCGCGCCACGGCGCUCGCGGCCGGUGAAGACGGAGCUGUUUUGGGAAGACCGGAGCCAGUCUUUGCCAUUGCAGGAGCUGCUACGUCUUCAGAAAGAGGCACAGGAAACCGGCGACCCCGAGGAGGAGGUCGAAAAGGAGGAUCUUGUCGUGGUGGUGAAACAGGGUCGACGGCUCUUUGGGCGAAUUUGUUCGGUGGUUUAUGCAGAUGAAUCCGUGUCACUGGAAGUCUUGCCGAUUCAGGAGGUGGACCUUGGGCAGAGCGAUCUCUCUGUGGAUUUGCGCUUCGGGCGCAAACGCCAAGGGAAAGGUUCACUGGACCCACAGGCGGUGAAGCGGCAGGACGUCUUGAAACUUCCGUGGCCUGCGCUGAGAGAAGUGCCAAAGCCAAUGACUGAGCAACAUCUCAUUCAACAGGAUUGGGAGAAACACUCCAACAAACGCUUCAGUCCUGGACGUUUGUACACCACCUGGCGGGAGAUGGAUGGCUCCACUCGGCGUCAUUAUCGUCAGCUGUCCUCCCGGGCCAUUGAGGUGCACCAGCAGAUGCUUAUGGCGCGAUUUCACAUCUUCAAUGUGCUUAAGGAGCUGAUCGACUUAGCUCCGGGGCCGCAGAUCAAUGGCUACUUUCUCUACCAGCAGAAGCAGAGGGUCAGGCGGCUAGCUGCCAAGGCACCUGAGAAUGCAGAUAAGGAGUUGGCUGAACUGGCACCCUGGAGCCAAAUGAAGGAGGAGUUUGAGCAGCUCGCCAGCAUGGAAAAUGCCAAGCUCAAACACAAGCAGCAGCUGUGGAUUGAGGUGUGCCUGGGUGCGGGAUGGACACUCGAACGGAGUGCGUUUUUCCCCCGCAGCGCUCUCAAAUGUAUGUUGACGCUGCUGCUGUGCCAGAAGCGAAGGUUCGAACGAAACAUGCCAGGACUUUCGCAACAUAUCUGGUUGGAACACAUCUUUCCCUACAUUCCCUGCUAUUGGUUUGCCAAAGUCAGCUGAACCGAUGAAGUCGGCGUCGCGGUGAGUCGUGCCGGGCGCCCGUGUCCAAUGCGUCGUUCGUUCGUACGGUGAAAA